UUCAGACCACGUGUAACGCUUUAUUUACAAUUUUAAAUGACAGUGUGUCGUAACUUUAGUGAAUUUCACCUUAACUUUAUAGUCAUGUUAAGUCACAACAGCGAGAGAUGAGCAGGAUUAAAGUUACGAAGGAGAACCAGCGGUUUGGGUUCGGAUUUUUAGGACGGAACCGAACUUAUCGAUCAUGUGCUGCUGAUCAGCAGAACAAUCUUCAUCAUGCUGAGCCGGGGUUUUAGAGCCGUUUCUGCUGUAAAAUCAGCAGGAGUCUGGGCUGUUGCACACUCUCUGGAUGAUACUGCCCGGUUCUGCAGGAGAGGACGCUGCAGCCCGGCGGACCCGGCCCCGGGUCCUGGUUCUGAUCCGGACCAGGACCCGGUCCAGACGCUGCACCGCCUCUGCUUGGACCGGUUCUACGUGGCUCCGGGUCCCGGCAGCGCGGCCCGGUUCCGGCGGGGGCUCGGCUGCAGCUACGGGCCGCUGGGCGAGGAGCUGAGGAGGAACCUGCUGGCCCGCUGGUGGAGCUCGGUGACCCGGUCCAGGAACCGGGUGUUCGGGGUCAGCAGCAGCCUGAGCGGCCCGGCCGGACCGGAGGUUCAGGUCCGGGUCGUGGAGUCCGGGCGGCUGCAGCAGAUCCUGGACCAGCAGGAUCUGAGCAGGGAGCAGCUGAUCCGGGAGGUCAGAGCGCUGCUGGACCGGUCCGGACCGGCCAGAACCAGCCUGCUCCCAGGGGCUCUGCAGCAGUUCGUCCCGUCUCUGGAGCUGGUGGGCAGGAAGCUGCCGUUCGGCCUGGCCGAGACCGGUCUGUGUUUCCGGCCUCCGGACGCCUCUGGUUGCUCCGCUGAGUUCACUGAGACGUCUCUGGUCUGGUUCUGCUCCCCGCGAACGUCGUCCCAGUGGCUGGACCACUGGACACAACAACGGCUAAAGUGGUGGCGCAAAUUCGCCCUGAGCCCGUCCGGGUUCAUCAGCAGCGAGGUCUCGGAGGACGAGCUGGAAGAGCCGGCGUCUCGCGGGGUCAGGAUCUCUUACGAUUUUCCUUGGGGACGCGAGUCCCUGGAGACGCUGUGGAGUCGAGGCAGCGCCGAGCUGCUGCAGACUCACAACGGAGUCCAGUCCAAGCUGCAGUGUCGAGACGGCAGGAAGACGGUUCCUCACGUGAUCUCUGUCAGCGGGAACAUGGACCGAGGAGCCACGGCGUUCCUGUCCAACUCCCUCCAGCAGCUCAGUAAAGAAGACGGCAAGAAGAGGCUGCAGCACAGAAAGGUGCUGAAGUUGCAUCCGGUGUUGGCGCCGGUCAAGGUGGCGCUGGACAUCGGGAGGGGAGGCACCGUGGAGCUGAGGCAGGUCUGCGACGGCCUCCUGCAGGAGUUCCUGGAGGCAGAGAUCUUUGCAUGGCCCGGAUAUCUGGAAACUCUGCCCACAUCAGCGGAGCAGCUGAACGCCAAGUACGAUGAGAUGGGCGUUCUCUUCAGCGCCGUGGUCGGAGAGAACACGCUGGAGAGCGGCCUCCUGCAGCUGCGCAGCAGAGACACCACCAUCAAGGAGACCAUGCACAUCUCAGAGCUCAAGAACUUCCUGGCCAGAUACAUUUCUGCAGCCGACAACAUCUGAGUGGAGGAUUUAUCCGGGAAUCUGAGGAGACGCUCCUCCGGACGGAGCUUUGCUUCAAACUAAUCUCCCCGAACUCAAUCAGAACUGUAGACUUUUAUUUAUGUUCUCGUCUGUGUUUGGAAUAAAAA